CUUGAAGCAGGCAGUGAUGGAAAUGUGGGAAGAACAUGAUGAGACAAGUGCAUGAUUCAUCAACCCACACGCCUGAGUUGACGAUAACCUAACAAGCAAAAACCCCGUUCGUGGUGGAAAUAACGCUCGGCAACUCUUCAAGACUCGGACCACAAUGCUGUUUAUCUUCCUUCGCUCGUUUCUUCAACUCGUCAUCUUUCCGUAUGAGCAAUAACUAUGUUAUUCUCUGACCAACUACUGUGUAACUCUCAAGCAGUCGCUGACUCAAACCCAGCAUCGAAUAAUUGGCAUCUCCGGAUUGAAAUGGCCACCCGACUCUUCCCACCUGUUGUGGAAGACAUAAACAAUAUUGGUUGGUUGUACAACCAGACGAGGCCUCUUCCUUGCCAUGCUCGCCAUGGUAACACCAUGGUAACAGUCUUCAGCGCAACCAAAAGCUCACCUGACCAACAAACACUCGCCUCCCUCACCACAAACCCGUGCCGAUACCCGACCAUGCCGGGCGUUGGUGGGAGAGGGCUCUGCGGCCAGAAAAGGCAACCCGUGCUGCCACCGAACGCAGCAGGGAUCGGCAUGCUUUCAAUCCACAGAUUUUCAGCCUUCUGGUCCGUUUCCCAAGCCGCCAAGACUUGUAGAGUGGAAGGACUCCUUGCCUUGCCGGGUUCCGGUACACCGACAGAUCGGAGCGAGCCCUUCCCCUUACCGCAGGCCACGGUUUUCUUUGUGGAUCUCGACUGGGUGACUGGGCAUCCAGCCGUGCCAGCCUUGUUACUUGUAAAAAAAAAAAGGCCGAAGGCGGGAGUUUGGCGAGUUUAGCUAAGAAUAGAUACUUGCUCAAGGUAAUCUGUAUGUAAUAUGGGUAUCCCGAGACAAGAGUCGGAAGCGGACAACAACUCCGCAACUCAAGUCUCAGCCGUUCACAUGUACAUACACGGUCUGAUAUCGCCUCGUGAGACCGAAACGUUGUUGUUACUGACUGUUGUUG